AUGACCGAAGAAAUUCAAGAGCCCGUUAUUCCAGGAAACUACUCAGCUAGGAAACAAACAAGAUGGGAGAAACUGGACACCGUCAAAGGUAAAAAAGCUGUUCACCUGGAUGGAAUUCACGACAGUGUCGAUUCCACCUACAUCAGUCCAGGUCAGCUAUACUCCACAGAAUCUGGAAGAAUGUUUCAUGCUGGUCAAGUCUGUGUUUGUAUCUGUGGCCAACCUGCCAGAGGAAAGACAAACCUAUCUAUUUCAUUAUGCCGAUACCUGAGAUGGUUGGGCCUUAAAUCAAAUUUGUUUCAUAUGGGCAACUAUAGAAGGGCAAAAACUGGCACUAUUACAGAUGAUUUUUUCAAACCUGUUCCAGAUACUGAAGAGGCAUUCAAAAUGCGUAAAGAGCUUACGGAGUCUUGCGUUCAAGAUAUGAAAGCAUUUUUUCAGGGCGAUCAUGGUCAGGUGGCCAUAUACGAUGCGGUUAACGCUAUUUCCAAAGAAAGAGUAGAAUUGGUAGAGAGAAUGAAAUUGUACGGCAUUCGUGUCCUGUUUAUUGAAUCACUGGUCACUGAUGAUAACCUAUUACGGGCCAACAUUCAGGAUGCUUCUAAGUCUCCCGACUAUCAGAAUUGGGAUAGUAAACAAGCUGUCGAAGAUUAUAAAAAGCGAGUGGAAAUGGUAGCUCCACAUUAUCAGGAAAUGAACGAGCCUUCUUUGAGUUAUGUCAAAUUCAUCAAUUUCGGUGAAAGACUUAUUGUCAAAAACAGUAAUCACGAUUUCCUUACAUCGAAAAUUGUUUUCUUUCUGAUGAAUUCAAAGAUCAAGCGUGGAUCGGUUUAUAUGGCCCGAUGCUCCAAUAAUAAGUUAAGUUUCAAGAGCGAUCCACCACUCACAGAAGCAGGUAGAGAGUACUCCCAAAAAGUUAUGAAAACUGUACUAGGUCAUAUCUCCAAGUUCAAGGGAGAGAACUUCUACCAUAAUGUUCAAAGACCAAAAAUUGAGGCCACAAAAAGGCAACCGGCUUAUGGAGUCGAUGGUCAGCAUGAGAAUUCUCUAGUCGUUUGGACCUCUGUGAGACGCAGGACGGUGGAGGCUGCACAGAUGUUCAAAGAUUUAGGAAUCACCACGCGUCACAGACAGCAGUUGACCCAAUUGAAUCCUGGAGAUGCUGAAGGGUUAACUCUUGAAGAAUUGAAAGAAAAAUUUCCUCAUGAUUAUGAAGAGCAUUUGGCGGACCCAUACCAUCACAGAUACCCUCGUGCAGAGUCUUACCACGACCUGGCUGUCAAGGUGGAACCAUUACUUUUUGAAAUGGAAAGAAUGAGGGGUGAUGUACUAAUCAUUGCUGACGAGACUGUGCUACGUGUUUUGUAUGGCUAUUUGAUGGCAUGUCACUCUUAUGACAUUCCAACAUUGAAGUUCCCAGAGAAUGAAGUUAUUCAGAUCACUUAUAAUGCCUACACUAAUACCGCAACAAGAAUCCCAGUUGAGGGUUUAGAACAGACUGAAGAUUAA